ACCUUUAAAGCAAGUCAUUCAGCUUGCCUGUUCAGUUUCCACCAUGUUUGCUUCAGUCACCCUGCUAUGCCUCUGUGUUGUCUUCAUCAUCCUUCAGCUGAAAUCCCGGAGGCCCAAGAACUUUCCACCGGGACCCACUGCCUUGCCGAUACUGGGGAACAUUUUGCACCUGAACCUAGAGAACCCUUUGAAGGACUUUGAGAGAUUGAGGAAGUCUUAUGGAGAUGUUUACAGUCUGUUCAUCGGUUCCAAACCAGCUGUAAUCAUUAAUGGGGUGAAGACCAUGAAGGAGGCUUUAGUGACCAAGGCCACUGAUUUUGCUGGACGACCCCAAGACUUGUUUGUCAACGACGCCACCGUCAGGAAAGGAGUGAUUCUGGCAGAUUAUGGCUCUUUUUGGAGGGAUCAUCGUCGCUUUGCUCUGAUGACUUUGAGGAACUUUGGUCUGGGGAAGGAUUCCAUGGAGGAGAGGAUUCACGGAGAGCUGCGAUACACCAUUGAUACACUGGAAAAGAGCAUUGGCAAAAGCUUCAGUCCUCGACUUAUGUUUCAUAAUGCGGCUUCCAACAUCAUCUGCCAGGUUCUGUUUGGGACACGUUACGAGUAUGAUGAUGAGUUCAUCAAAGUGAUCGUUCAAUGCUUCACUGAGAAUGCCAAGAUAGCUAAUGGACCAUGGGCUAUGCUGUAUGACACUCUUCCCAUGAUUCGUAACCUGCCACUGCCCUUCAGCAAGGCCUUUAAGAAUGUUAAGACUUGUCAGAAUCUUGUGAAGUGCUUGUUGACAGAGCACAAGAAGACCAGAGUGCCUGGAGAGCCACGAGACUUUCUUGACUGCUAUCUGGAUGAAAUGGAAAAGAGAGGCAAUGAUGGCUCUUCAUUUUCAGAAGAUGAACUGACUUCGUAUGCUCUAGAUCUUCACUUCGCUGGGACUGACACUACCUCCAACACCCUGCUUACUGGUUUCCUUUAUCUUAUGACCUACCCACAUAUCCAAGAGCGUUGUCAGCAGGAAAUAGACCGGGUGUUGGAAGGGAAGGAUCGGGCCAGUUUUGACGACAGACACCACAUGCCUUACAUGCAGGCUGUGAUCCAUGAAGUGCAGAGGAUAGCCAACACUGUUCCACUUAGUGUUUUCCACUGUACGACCAAAGACACAGAGCUCAUGGGAUAUUCUAUUCCCAAGGGUACAAUGAUCAUCCCUAACCUGACCUCACUGCUGAGUGAGGAGGGACAAUGGAAAUUCCCUCAUGAAUUCAACCCUGAAAACUUUCUCAAUGACAAGGGAGAGUUUGUUAAACCAGAGGCCUUCAUGCCUUUCUCCGCAGGUCCUCGGAUGUGUCUUGGAGAGGGUCUGGCUCGUAUGGAACUCUUUCUCAUCAUGGUGACGCUGCUGAGGAAGUUCAAGUUCAUCUGGCCUGAGGAUGCAGGGGUGCCAGACUACUCUCCGGUCUAUGGGGUCACUUUAACCCCCAAACCUUAUCACAUGAAGGUCCAACACAGGGCAAUGCAGUAAGGCGGUCUGCAGACACAUGGCACAUGGCAUCACAGUGGAGACUGACCCAGAUUAACACAAGCAACUCCUGAGAACAAAUAUGCUGAAUACAAUACAGGGCUUUCUGUGCUACACCUAAUGGAAGUUAACAGUACACAUUGUGAAAUGUGCCAAUAUGUGGUUAUGGCACCCCAGAAUGAAUAUUAAAUUAUGUUUUGACCUAUCAAUAGAUCCUGCAGUGGGUAUCAGGAAUUGCUAUCAUUUUUCUAGCAGAUACUCGAGCAGAUACUUACAUUCUGUAGCUAUAUUGUAUUUACUAAGGUUCUGAAAUAUGAAUGCCAUGGCCUGCUCAGUAGUCCAGCCACCAUCACUGUAUCUGGUUCCACUAGCCUUAUCAAUAGCCUCUUGUUAUCAUAGACAACUUUGUGUCCUCAUCAACCUGUAUGCUCUGUAGAGUUCUGCAGGGUUCAAUCCCUGAUCCCAUCAUUUUCUCACUCUACAACGAGCCAGCUCUUUUAAGAGAACGAUGGGAGCCAGCUCCAGUCUGAGAGCCAAUUUCGGUUAAUUAUUAACCAUUCUGUUUCAUUAGUACGGUGUUAUUUUUGUUAUACAACUAGGAAAGUUAUUCUUGACAUCUGACACUUUUUAAACAUCAAUAUGACAGAACAUUUCAGUGUAUUGCAGAUGAAGAAUGUUACAUAUUUAUUUCUUGCAACAAAUAUGUAACUUAGGCAGUGAAUAACAGAAGUGGUACUAAUUGAAUAGCUGUUUGGGAGCCAAAAGAGCAGACUCUCGGAAACGAACGUAGCCAUCAGUAACGGGGUAUUUACCAUUUAACCAUAUAUAUAUAUAUGUGUGUGUGUGUGUAUGUAUGUGUAUAUAUAUAUAUGUAUAUAGACAUAUAUAUAGACAUUGUAUAUAUAGACAUUGUUAUAAUGUUAAAAUUGAUGCUUUACUGUUGUGGCUGCUCCAGGUGUAUAAUUAAUUUACAUGUAGUUCCAGUAGUCAAGUUUAUCAUUACUGAUGCAUGAAUGGAGAUACAUUUUAACUGCAGAUAUUAACUGCAUGAUUAUGUACAUUAUGGAUUAAACCGCUGAUUUUUUUUGAUUAAU